AUGACCACUCAAUUCCCAACCAAGCGUUGUGGUGUACUCGGAUGCACCGGUUCCGUCGGCCAAAGAUUCAUUCUUCUUCUUGCUCAACAUCCAUAUUUCAAACUCCACGCCGUAGGAGCCUCUUCGCGAUCCGCAGGAAAGAAGUACAAAGAUGCUGUCAAAUGGAAACAAGCUUUUCCCAUGACCGCCGAGAUUGGCGAUUUAGUCGUUAAAGAAUGCAAAGCAAGCGAGUUCGCGGAUUGUGACAUUGUGUUCAGUGGAUUGGAUGCUGAUGUUGCUGGUGACAUUGAGAUGGAAUUCAUGAAGGCUGAAUUGGCCGUAUUCUCCAAUGCCAAGAACUACCGUCGCGAUCCAAUCGUUCCCCUCAUCGUCCCUACAGUUAACCUCCCCCAUUUCGAUCUCAUUCCUCACCAACGUCGCGCCCAUUCCUUAAAGAAGGGUUUCCUCGUCUGCAACUCCAACUGUGCAGUCAUCGGCAUAGUUAUCCCAUUCGCCGCCAUCCAAAAAGCUUUCGGAGAAGUCGACCAAGUGAGCGUGGUCACCAUGCAAGCUGUUAGUGGUGCCGGUUAUCCAGGUGUAAGUAGUAUGGAUAUUCUCGACAAUGUUGUCCCAUUCAUCUCUGGCGAGGAAGACAAGUUAGAGACGGAGGCACAGAAGAUUCUCGGAAGAGUCAAUUCUGAAGUCACUGGAUUUGAGGAUCAAUCAGAAUUGAAGAUUUCAGCUGCUUGCAACAGAGUCGCAGUUCUAGAUGGACAUAUGGCUUGCGUGUCUCUUCGUUUCAAGAACCGCGAUGGACCUAAACCUACCGCGGAAGAGGUAAAGAAGGCUAUGAGGGAAUAUGUAAGUGAGGCGCAGACAUUGGGAUGUCCGUCAGCACCAGAGCCAGCGAUUGCUGUUAUGGAGGAAGCAGAUAGACCACAACCAAGAUUGGAUCGCAAUACACAAAAUGGAUACACUGUCAGUGUUGGAAGAGUCAGAGAAGAUGAUAGCGGAAUUUUCGAUCUCAAAUUCGUGGCCUUGAGUCAUAACACCGUCAUUGGAGCUGCUGGUUCUUCGAUAUUGAAUGCAGAAGCUGCAGUUCUUAAGGGCUAUAUCUAA